AUGGCCAAUGCAUUGGAAAAAUAUUCUAAAACAAAAUUUAAAAAAGAUAUAGUUGUUGAUACUGAGCAUUACACCCCCUAUAUUCGAAAAUUAGGCGGUGAAGCUAAAGAUAUUCCCUUCACAAUUCAGCUGCCUUGGGAACAACUAAACUCUUGGUAUCAAACCAAGCAAAGCGUACUAAUCGAAUAUUCAUAUGUGCAAAUUUUAAAUGCAUUUCUAUGUAAACGAUAUCCUACGAAGAUUCAAGAAAGAAUCAAGGAGAACUUGCGGAAAAGUUGCUCUCGGGCUGCACAGAAAAUCAUCAGGACAAGGGGGAGAAAACGGGAAGAUGUGCUCGGGAAAGUUACAAGUUUUGCUGUGCAACAGAACGAACUUGUAACAGCUCAAACGGUGAGUGUCUUGCAAAGUAAUAUAGUAUGA